AUCGGCUACCUCGCCUACUCGGUUCUAUACAACAUCUUCUUCCACCCACUACGAUCAUUCCCAGGCCCCUUGCUCAUGCGCACGAGCCGUCUGCCCUAUUGCUUCCACCUCCUCUCGGGACGUCUUCCCUUUAGGGUUCUCGAACUGCACAAGACAUAUGGUAGCGUGGUGCGCAUCGCCCCUGACGAGCUCGUCUUCGCGGACGCGCGUGCCUGGCGGGACAUCAUGGGCCAUCGCGCGGCAGGGGAACCCGAGAUGGAAAAGGCCAAGAUCUUUUACCGGGGGAGGGCAAACGCGCCAACGACUCUACUCAACGCCGACAGGGACGACCACGGGAAGCUGAGGAGGCUGCUGGCGCAUGGGUUCAGCGAGCGGAGCAUGCGGGAGCAGCAGCCCAUCAUCAUGCGGUAUGUCGACCUUUUGAUCAGGCGGCUUCAUGAGAACUCCCAGGGCGGGACCAACAAGCUGGACAUGGUCAAGUGGUACAACUACACCACGUUCGAUGUCAUCGGCGACCUGACCUUUGGCGAGCCCUUCGGCUGUCUUGAGAACUCCGACUACCACCCCUGGGUCUCUAUGAUCUUCGCAGGCAUUAAGUUCGGCGCCUACGGGCUGACGUCCAGGUCCCUCCCCUGGGUCCAGCGCCUCGUGAUGGCGCUCGUACCCCGCGGCCUGGCCAAGAAGCGCGAAGAACACCUCAAGCUCACCAAGGAGAAGCUUCUCAAGCGCAUGAACAUGGGUGCCUCACGACCCGACCUGAUCGAGGGCCUACUGCGAAAGCACCAGGACGUGGGGGAGAAGGGGAAGAAUGAUCAUCAUCAUGACGACAAUGACGACGACGACAUCGUCAUGGACGUCCACAGGCUACAAUUGUCGUGUAGCGGGCUGAUCGUUGCCGGAUCAGAGACCACGGCCACGCUACUUUCGGGCGUCACGUACCUGCUCGGUCGGAACCCGGACAAGCUGGCCAGGCUGACGGCCGAGGUGCGAUCCGCGUUCCAGAGGGAGGAUGAGAUCGAUUUUGCGUCGGCGAGCAGGCUGAAUUACCUCCUGGCCUGUCUCGACGAGGGGCUGCGCAUCUAUUCUCCCACGCCGCUGGGCUUGCCUCGCUCGGUGCCCAAGGGGGGUUGGACCAUUGCCGGGCAUUAUGUCGCCGAGGAUACGAUUGUGUCUCAGUACCACUAUGCCCUGUACCACAAUGAGGAGUUCUUCACGGCACCUGAGGAGUUCCACCCAGAGCGCUGGCUUGGGGACCCGAGGUUUGCCACUGACAAUCGUGAUAUAUUCCAGCCUUUCCACGUUGGACCGAGGAACUGUGUGGGCAGAAAUCUGGCAUAUGUUGAGAUGCGCGUCAUCCUCGCCCGCACGCUGUGGAAUUUCGACCUGAAGCUUGCCGAGGACAGCCAAAACUGGAUCCGCGAGCAAAAGAUUUAUCUGCUGUGGGAGAAACAGGCUCUGAACGUGUACCUGGUGCCGAGGAAAUUUGAGCAAUCAUAA